AUGCACACGAAUCCACGCACCCCCCUCCUAAAAGCGCAAACCCCAACCCUCUCAAAAACAGAAGAAAUUCUCCUGGAACGAUGCAUCCUCAACCCCCAACGGGCAGAAACAUGCCAAUCAGGCACAGAUGACGAAGUAGGCGCACACAAAUCCCCCUACGACCGCAGCAACACAACACCAGAGAAAGAACAUCUAGCCCUGGAAGAGGAAUACAGACUCGAGGGUGAUUUCUUGCAUGACCCCUUGUCUGUUAGUCCUGCCAACCGGGAUGUAAGUUUGCUUCUUGAUCCUAUGGUUGGUGUGGGUGUUGGUGUUGGACGGGCUGUGCCGCAUUUGAGGAGUGUCCGUGGCUGGACGAGGAAGGGAAGGGAGGUUUUGAUUCGGACUUGUCCGUUUGAGGCUAGAAGGUAUGAGGAUGUUUUUUUUGGGAGGAGGUUGGGGAAGGGUCUGGGGAGGGGGGUGGAGAAGAAGGGAUGA